AUGGGAGACCAAGAUAAAACCAAGCCCAGGAGGCAUAAGAAGCGGAAGUCAAGGACUGAAGUGUCCUCGGACAGUGAUAGCGAAUAUGAGAAGGAGCCUGAGCAAGUCGACUCACAACCUUCGCCACAACCGCAACCGCAACCCUCUAAACCGGUCAUUAAGCAAAAACCCAAAAUCUCGCCUGAAGCAGAGACCUCCGCAGCCUUUACUAGUUUCUACAUGCAACGGGCCACGACGGAAUUCGCUGAGGAUUUAGAUCGUGUGAGAGGAGCUGGGGAUUUUAAGGGUGAGGCGCUUGGGAUUUUGGUUGAUGCUUUAAAGCAGGGUACGACCGUAUUUUCACCGGCGGAGCAGCGACGGAUUGUCAAUGCUGGGAAAGCGGCGGGCAAGGAUUUGGGUGAUGAAUGA